AGUCAAGAUCCAUCUCCCUCUACACCACCUCACAUCCUUGCCCGACAUUGAUGAUGUCGCUAUCAAUACCUAGCGCGCCCAACAGCGGCCUCUUCAAAGCAGGCUACCAAAACUACGAUGCCCAAGAUGGCGCCGUCCUGCGCAACAUCGACGCCUGCCGCGCCAUCUCCGGCACCGUGCAGACGUCCCUCGGUCCCUACGGCCGCAACAAGCUCGUCAUCAACCAUUUGCAAAAAAUGACGCUCACCAACGACGCCGCGACCAUCCUCCGCGAACUCGACGUCGUGCACCCCGCGGCGAAGCUGCUCGUCAUGGCGUCGCAGCAGCAAGAGGCGGAGAUGGGCGAUGCGACGAACAUGGUGAUUGUGUUUGCUGGCGAGCUGCUGAAGAAGGCGGAGGAGUUGUUGCGGAUGGGGCUCAAGACGAGCGAGAUUAAUGUUGGGUAUGAGCGGGCGGGACGGGAGGCGUUGAGGAUUCUGGAAGAGUUGGAGGUGGAUAGUGUGGAGAAUGUGAGGGAUGCGGCGGAGCUGGCAAAAGCGAUUCGCACCGUUGUUGCGGCGAAGCAGAGUGGGAAUGAGGAUUUGCUGGCGCAUUUGGUUGCCGAGGCGGUGUUGGCUGUGCUGCCCAAGAACCCGAGCAACUUCAAUGUGGACAAUAUCCGGGUGGUGAAGAUUAUGGGUGGCAGUUUGGAGCAGAGCCGGGUGGUCAAGGGCAUGGUGUUUGGAAGAGAGCCAGAGGGGACUGUCAGGAAAGCGACAAAGGCAAAGGUGGGGGUGUUCAGCUGUGCGAUCGACAUCUCGCAGACGGAGACCAAGGGCACAGUCUUGCUGAAGAAUAGCAAGGAGCUGUACGACUUCACCAAAGGCGAGGAGGCGCAGAUGGAGGCGAUCGUCAAGGAACUGCACGACUCUGGACUCCGAGUGGUCAUCGCGGGCACCACAGUGGGCGAGCUGGCUCUACACUACCUCAACCGCGCGGGCAUCCUCGUCAUCAAGGUCUUGUCCAAAUUCGAGCUGCGGAGAAUAUGCCGAGUGGUUGGCGCCACGCCCCUCGCCCGACUAGGCGCCCCCAUGCCGGAUGAGAUGGGCAGCGUGGACGUGGUAGAGACGAUGGAAAUCGGCGGCGACCGAGUAACAGUGUUCCGACAAGAGAACGAGCAAACCCGCACAGCUACUCUGGUGCUCCGCGGCGCCACACAAAAUCACCUGGACGAUGUUGAGCGCGCGGUCGACGACGGCGUCAACGUUGUCAAAGCCAUCACGCGCGACGCCAGACUCGUGCCGGGCGCGGGCGCGACGGAGAUGCAGCUCAUCGAUCGCAUCACCACCCUUGCAGACAAGACGGCAGGGCUGUCGCAGUACGCGAUACGAAAGUACGCGGAGGCUUUUGAAGUCAUUCCUCGCACGCUCGCGGAGUCGGCUGGUCUAGACGCGACGGAGGUGCUCGCCAACCUCUACACGGCGCACCACUCCCCCGCAACGAAGAAAGCAGCGACAAACGGCAGGAAGAAGAGCGCGAACGACGAAGACGACGACAGCGACGAGGAGUUCUCCUGCCUGGGCGUCGACAUGGAGAACUCCGACCGCACGGGCACACUGGAUGCAGAAGACGAGGGCAUCCUCGACCUCAUGGUCACCAAGUCCUGGGCUAUCAAAUUGGCGACAGAGGCGGCGCGGACGGUUCUCAGCGUGGAUCAGAUUAUUGUCGCGCGGCAGGCUGGUGGGCCGAAACCGCCUGGCCCGAACCCCAACUGGGAUGAUGAUGAUUAGAGGGAACGUCGAAGGGAACUGUGCGUGUGUAAGACGUAUAGCAUGGUAUAGAUCAAAGCGUUUCAUGAAGAAUAUCGCAAAUGGAUCACAGGAAUUGAUUGAUCUGGCUGUAGUUCAUGCCAGAGACAAUGGAAGUCUCGCAAGUCGCGCACGGACCACGCUACGAUAUCAACUUCACGUCUUGCCUUCACUCCUCCUUGCGCAACUUC